AUUGAAACCCUAAUUAGGUGUCAAAAACCACGUCAGUUGAUGGACGAGCUGCAUUUUCUGGAGCAGCUGAAACGAAAUUUCUUAUCGCGAACUAUUGGCAAUUAAACAAGGUUAAUUACGUGGGAAAAUCGUGCAAUUCAAUCAGAAAUAAACUGCUGGGUCGCCCCCACUCACCAGCUCUCCACAAUUGGUUGCAGUUUGGUGGAAAGCGUCGUGAAAAGUGAUUUUAUCUCUGCAUGACAAACGACAAGACUGUGAUGAUGAGGAUAAUUCCGGUGAUUGUUUUCUUUGCAUUUCUCACCAUUUGGGAGGCAUCCACCCUCCCAGUCACACCCAGCAAGAAGCCCACAGAGGAGAAGAAGGAUGAACAGCCGGCGGUGGAGGAAGCUCAGAAGCCCCACUAUGUUGAGGAGUAUGACCCCAAUGACCCCCGGGCGAGCAUUGAGAAUGUUCUCGAAUACAAUAACUACCUGAAGGAGGUUGUGAAUGCUCUGGAGAGUGAUUCAGAGUUCCGGGAGAAGCUGAAUAAACUCGAUGAGGUUGACAUACGAACAGGGAAGAUUGCCCAGGAGCUGGAGUAUGUGAAUCACAACGUCCGGACGAAGCUUGAUGAGAUUAAGCGGACGGAACUUGAGCGAUUGCGGAAGUUGGCCAUAAAGCAGUUUGAAAUGUCCAAUGAUAUUGACAGGGAGCACCUGAAGAUUCCGGAGCAUUUGGAUCAUUCGAAUCAGCACACAUUCGAAGUGGAGGAUCUCAAGAAGCUCAUCCACAAGGCUAGCAAUGAUCUCGCCGAAGCAGAUCGUCUGCGUCGUGAGGAGUUCAAGCGGUAUGAGAUGCAGAAGGAGUUUGAGAAGCAGGAGAAGCUGCGAGGGAUGGAUGAGGAGCACAGGAAGAAGUUUGAGGAGGAAGAGAAGAAGAUGCGUGAGAAGCACAAUAAGCACGAGCCAGUGCACCAUCCGGGUGGGAAGGCGCAGCUUGAGGAGGUUUGGGAGAAGCAGGAUCACAUGACGGGGCAGGAAUUUGACCCGAAAUCCUUCUUCAUGAUGCACGAUCUCGAUGGGAAUGGGUUCUGGGAUGAGAUGGAGGUGAAGGCGUUGUUUGUGAAGGAACUGGACAAGGUGUACCAGCAGGGAGUGCCGGAGGAUGACAUGAAGGAGCGUGCUGAGGAGAUGGAGAGGAUGCGAGAGCACGUGUUCAGGGAGGCUGACACGAAUCGCGAUAGUUUGAUUAGCUACGAGGAAUUCCUCGAACAGACUCGUCGGGAGGAGUUUAAGCGUGACGACGGGUGGGAUACGGUGGAUAAUCAGCCGCAAUAUACACAUGAGGAGUACCUGGAGUUCGAAAGGAAGCGUCAGGAGGAGAUUCAGAGGCUAAUAAGUCAGGGAAUGCUUCCACCGCAUCCGAAUAUGCCACAGGGCUACUACCCAGGACCCCAAGGGCCGUAUCAGGCUCCUCAUCAAGCUCCUCAUCAUCAGGGAGGGUAUCAGCAGCAGCAUCCUAAUCAAAUCCCACAGAACGUUCAUCCCAAUCAGAUGUCACCGCAGCAGAACUUCCAUCCCAAUCAAAUUCCGCAGCAACAGAACUUCCAUCCCAAUCAGAUCCCACAGAAUGUUCAUCCCAAUCAGAUUCCGCAACAACAGAACUUCCAUCCCAAUCAAAUUCCUCAACAGCAUCCAAAUGCCCAACAAUUCCAACCUCCACCAGUGCCACAGAAUCCCCAGCAAGUGCCACAGCAGAUGCCACCGCAAAUUCCACCACAGAAUCCCCCACAGCAGGUUGUCUCUGGCGUAGGUCAGAAGCAGCCACAGCAACCGAUUGGGAAUCAAAUUCCCCCCCAGGUGCCCCCACCACAGGCACAACCACCUAAAUAAUCAAAACAACAACGCAAACUUCAGCAAAAACAUCUUAAUUAAUAAUCUCAACUAAUCCCCCCACAUCAACUGAUAUCCCAUAGCCCCCAGAACAAAAGCAGCAACCGUGAGAGAUUUGAGAGAUUCCAGAGCAGCAUUUUGACGACAAUGGCCCACAUGAGAUAAUUUGCUAAAUAAUAAAAUUUUUACGUGAAAUAAAAAAAGAAAA